AUGGCUAAAGGAAAAGUUUUAUUGGUUCUUUACGAAGGUGGUGAACAUGCCAUCCAAGAAAGAAAAUUAUUAGGUUCUUUAGAAAAUGAAUUAGGAAUUAUUAGAGGAUACAUUGAAGAACAAGGUUAUGAAUUAGUUUCAACUUCUGAUAAGGAUCCAGAACCAAAUUCAAUUGUUGAUAAAGAAUUGGCUGAUGCUGAAAUUGUUAUUACUACUCCUUUCUUCCCAGCCUACAUUACCAAGACCAGAAUUGCCAAUGCUCCAAAGUUGAAAAUGGCUAUUACUGCAGGUGUUGGUUCUGAUCAUGUUGAUCUUAAUGCAGCCAAUGAAAGAAAAAUCACUGUUACUGAAGUCACUGGUUCAAAUGUUGUCUCUGUUGCUGAACACGUUAUUAUGACUAUUUUAGUUUUAGUUAGAAAUUUCGUUCCAGCUCAUGAACAAGCAAUCAACGGUAAGUGGGAUAUUGCUGCUGCAGCCAAGCAAGAAUAUGAUUUAGAAGACAAGGUUAUUUCUACUGUUGGUGCUGGUAGAAUUGGUUACCGUGUUUUAGAAAGAUUAGUUGCUUUCAACCCAAAGAAAUUAUACUAUUAUGAUUAUCAAGAAUUACCAGCUGAUGCUAUUAAGAAAUUAAACGAUCUUUCCUUAAUUUUAAAUGGUAGAGGAGACAUUGUUGAAAGAGUUGCUGACUUAGGUGAUAUGGUUAGCAGAUCUGAUAUUGUUACCAUCAACUGUCCAUUGCACGAAAAGAGUAGAGGUUUAUUCAACAAGGAAUUAAUUUCCAAGAUGAAGAAGGGUUCUUACUUAGUCAACACUGCUAGAGGUGCUAUUACUAUUGAACAAGAUGUUGCUGAUGCUGUCAACUCUGGUCACUUAGCUGGUUACGGUGGUGAUGUUUGGUACCCACAACCAGCUCCACCUGAUCACCCAUGGAGAUCAAUGAAGAACCCAUACGGUGGUGGUAAUGCUAUGACUCCUCACGUUUCUGGUACUUCUCUUGACGCUCAAGCUAGAUACUCUCAAGGUGUUAAGAAUAUCUUAGAAAGUUACUUCACUGGUAAACAUGAUUACAGACCUCAAGAUGUUAUUGUUAUCGAUGGUGACUACGCUACCAAAGCUUAUGGUCAAAGAAAGUAA